AGCUCCAAGUCGAAAUCAUCGAGGAGGCGGGGGCCGUGGCGGCGCAUCGGUGAACUGGGCGCGGCUGCUGGAGUGGAGGUGGUGCGCGCCGGCGGCAAGGGCACGGCGGAGGUGUGGGCUGGGCGCUGGGGACGCGGAAGCCCGCGUCGACGAGACGAGCGCGGCGGGCCCGGCGGCGCAUCGGCUUCCGUCGCCGACGACGGCGACGUCCACGUCGGUUUUGCUCGCCGUACUCAGCAGCGCCCAGCGUGGCACAGGACUUGGACUCUGUGUUUGUGAAAGUUAGAACUCAGAACAGGUUGAGUCCUUCAAUCAGGUUUCACAAACAGUUCAAAGAAGAGGGAGCGUGAUCUGAGUGUCUGAUGCUGGUGGUGCUUCUGGCACGGCAGGAAGUAGUGUCAGCAACAAAGAAGAGUUGGCUGGUACUGCAGCUACACAACUGAAAAUAGGACCCAGAGAGAGUGACACUGCAGCUACACAAGAAAUAUACGACACGCCGCUGAUCCUAGUGAUACUGAAAUGGCUGAUGAGCCUAGAGAUCCAGCCCUUCAUGAUUCCAAAGAACUAGGAACCAUGCAAUCCUUCGAAUGUGAAGGAAAACAACCUGGGGAUGUUUUAGACAUACGCAACAGGUCAAAGGUUGUUAAAGGAGUAGAAGCCAAUUAUGCUCUGAAGCUUGCGAAUAACCCUGCAAAGAGAUCUAAGUUGGAUGAACACAAAGUAGCAAUGCUGGGUAAAAAGCGAGCCAGGCAAACUGUGUUAAUUAACGACGAGGAUGCAAAGCAAGCAUGCAUAACGAGAAUAUCAACACCCAGGAUACAGUCUCGUGGUGUUGGUGAAGGACCUGUAGAAACACAAAACCAGCUGGUUAUCAGGGAUCAGAUGCAAUCUGAAACGAUGAGUUCAGAACGAAGUAACUCUGCAGCUCCAAAUGACCAAUAUGCUGAAUCCAAUGGCGAUGACGAGUUGGUAUCCCAGAGCUGGUCAAAGAAAAUGAAUGCCGAGGAACCCCCCUCAGAUGGGUAUCAACAAUCUGCGCCAAGACAGGCUUCUUUGAGGCAAACCAUGGAUUAUAAGCAGAUGAAGGGAAGACCAGUCUUUUCUCAGAGAGCAGUCGUAACAGGACAGAAUACUGCAGAUCAAAAACUCGCUAACAAGAAGUCUCUUGUUUCCAAGAAACAGGUUUCAGCAAAGAAUACACAGUAUCAAGACACAUCUGUGGAGCGACUUCUACAGGAAGUGACAAGUGAUAAGUUCUGGCACAAUCCAGAUGAGUCAGAACUUCAGUCUGUUCCUGGAAGCUUUGAAUCUGCUGAGGAGUACAUUAGAGUUUUUGAGCCUUUGCUUUUUGAGGAAUGCAGAGCUCAGCUAUACAGUUCCUAUGAGGAGAGCCUCGAGUCUGUAUCAAGGAAUGCACAUGUAAUGGUGCGUGUGAAAAAUGUGGAUAGGCGUGAAAGAGGAUGGUAUGAUGUUGUUGUUCUACCAACACAUGAACAUAAAUGGACAUUUAAAGAAGGUGAAGUCGCAGUUUUGUCAUUCCCUCAGCCUGGUUCAGCUGCCCAAUCAAGUAAUACUUAUAGGAAGACCGUUGGUUCAAAUGGAGAUGCUGAGUCAGAGCGUGGACGGCUUGUUGGUAGAGUCCGGCGCCAUAUGCCUAAUGAUACACGUGAUCCAAUUGGAGCAAUUAUCCGUUUUUAUGUUGGGAAUUCAUUUGAUUCGAGCUGUAGCGAGACUAAUGUUCUAGGGAAACUCCAACCUCAAAGCACCUGGUAUCUAACUGGCCUUGGUUCUCUUGCAACAACACAAAGGGAAUAUGUCGCAUUACAUGCAUUCCGCCGUCUUAAUGUGCAGAUGCAAAAUGCCAUUCUUCAACCAAGUCCAGAGCAUUUCCCCAAGUAUCAAGAGCAGCCACCUGCUAUGCCUGAUUGUUUCACUCCAAAUUUUUCUUGUCAUCUCCAUCAUACAUUCAAUGGGCCUCAGCUAUCAGCAAUUCAUUGGGCUGCAAUGCAUACGGCUGCUGGCACAAGCAGUGGAGUAGUGAAGAAACAAGAACCAUGGCCUUUCACAUUGGUACAAGGUCCUCCAGGGACAGGGAAGACCCACACUGUCUGGGGAAUGCUAAAUGUUAUUCAUCUUGUUCAGUAUCAACAUUACUAUGCUGCUCUGCUAAAGAAACUUGCUCCUGAAAGUUAUGAGCAAGUUGGUGGUAGUGCUAGCAGUGGCUCAGAGGCUGUUGCUGCAGGGUCAAUGGAUGAAGUUUUGCAGAGCAUGAACCAGAACCUGUUUCGCACUCUUCCCAAGCUUUGCCCCAAACCACGGAUGCUUGUUUGUGCCCCAUCAAAUGCUGCAACAGAUGAGCUGCUUGCUCGUGUUCUUGAUCGUGGUUUCAUAGAUGGUGAGAUGAGGGUCUACCGCCCUGAUGUCGCCCGUGUUGGAGUUGAUUCGCAGUCCCGUGCUGCACAAGCUGUUUCGGUUGAGCGACGGACGGAACAGCUUUUAAUGAAGGGACGCGAUGAAGUAAUUGGGUGGCUACAUCAGCUAAAAUGCCGGGAGCAGCAGUUGUCGCAGGAGAUUGCGCUUCUGCAGAGGGAACUUAAUAUGGUUGCAGAGGCUGGUAGAUCCCAGGGUUCAUUUGGAGUAGAUCCAGAUAUGCUUGCUGAAAGGGACCGUAACCGUGAUAUUCUGCUUCAGAAACUUGCUGCUUCAGUGGAAAGCAGGGAUAAAGUACUAGUAGAAAUGUCACGCCUGCUGAUAUUAGAAAGCAGGUUCCGUGCUGGUAGAAACUUCAAUCUGGAAGAUGCUAGGGCUAGUCUGGAAGCAAGUUUUGCCAGUGAAGCAGAAAUUGUUUUUACGACAGUAUCAAGCAGUGGUCGCAAGUUAUUUUCUAGCCUUAAUCAUGGCUUUGAUAUGGUUGUUAUUGAUGAGGCUGCUCAGGCCAGUGAAGUAGGAGUCCUUCCUCCACUUUCACUUGGUGCAGCUAGAUGUGUCUUGGUUGGUGAUCCACAGCAGCUCCCUGCCACUGUUAUUAGCAAAGCAGCUGGAACUUUACUCUACAGCAGGAGUCUUUUUGAGAGGUUUCAGCAAGCUGGUUGCCCUACCAUUUUGUUGUCAGUGCAAUAUCGGAUGCAUCCCCAGAUCCGUGAAUUUCCAUCAAGAUACUUCUACCAAGGGCGCCUUACAGACAGUGAAAGUGUUGUCAACUUGCCCGAUGAGGCGUACUAUAGAGACGUAUUAAUGGCACCUUACAUCUUCUAUGAUAUUUCGCAUGGUCGUGAGUCCCAUAGAGGCGGGUCAUCUUCAUACCAGAAUGUCCAUGAAGCGCAAUUUGCAUUGCGUUUGUAUGAGCAUCUUCAGAAGUUCCUUCGGGCUAAUGGUGGCAGGAGAGCAUCUGUUGGUAUAAUUACUCCAUAUAAGUUGCAGUUGAAGUGUCUUCAGCGGGAAUUUGCAGAGGUUAUGAAUACUGCAGAAGGGAAAGAUAUCUACAUAAACACGGUUGAUGCUUUUCAAGGCCAGGAGCGUGAUGUGAUUAUUAUGUCAUGUGUCCGUGCCUCAAAUCAUGGCGUGGGUUUUGUUGCAGAUAUACGCCGUAUGAAUGUUGCCCUUACUCGAGCCAGGAGAGCUCUAUGGGUUAUUGGUAAUGCCAAUGCCCUCAUGCAGUCAGAGGACUGGGCGGCGCUGGUAGCAGAUGCAAAGGCGAGGAAAUGUUUCAUGGACCUGAAUAGCAUUCCCAAUGACUUCCUACCCAUGAACAAUUCUUCCAGCACCCGAGGCAGGAAUUCUUCAAACAACACAAGGAACACGUGGACUGGUGGACCAAGACCGAGGUAUUUCGACGUCCCUCCGGAACCCAGGAUUGACAUGAGGGCUGGCGAGGGCGAGGGUCCAAUCUUUGUUCCAAGAAAUGGUAGUUACCGAAAUCUGAAUGAUCUGGGCCGUCCUGGUGACGGACCUAGGGAUAAUUUGCAGUUUGGGACGACCAGGCGGCCGAAUCCAUCCAAUGGUCCAAGGUGAGGAAAGGAUAAUACAUUACUGUCUGCAGCUUUUUGCAUCGUAGGCGGCAUCAUGGAACAAUGAUGAUGGAUCAAGGCGUUGCCUGUUCAGAUGUGCACCCUGUGUGGUGGUCAUUAGCAGGACCAGAUGACCAGAGGAAUGAUUCGUCAUGAAAUGAGUAGGCCUCUGGGGUUUGUUUGGCGGGUUGUGACCAUAGCUGCCGGCAACUUGCUAUUCUGAUGGUGCUGUUUCAGGACACUCUACAGCUAGGAUUUCGUCAGGCUGCAGAACAAAGAAAGGCGCUACCUCAGGCCUUCAGUGUUCUGGAACUGUGCAGAAACAGAUCAUGCCACACGAACGGGCUCAAACAAGAUUAUCAGCUGGAUAGAUUUUGUCACCCACUACAAUACUUCGCCCUAGUGCGCUUUAACAGGAUCCAUCAUCUUUCCAUAGGUUUAUACAUAUACACGCUACCGUAUGGUGGGUAAGGAUCAAGCUUUGCUGCUAGCUGUGAACAUUUGCCAUGGCGCAGAAAAUCGCUUUUGCGGCAUAAACUCCAUCUACACGUACAAAGUCCGCAUCUGGAAAAAGUUUAGUUAUUUGAAUCAUCAUUCAGCCUGCCCUGUUGCCGCCUGUGGUGUUCCUUCUGUUCGGCAUUGCUGUUGGUUGAAUCCUGAAUGCUUUUGUUAUAUAUGGCUGGAAGUUCCUUUUAUGUUGGCAGCUGCGAUUCGACGUCCUGAUUCUGUACCAUCUUGAUGUCUGUAGUGCUCAUGUGGGUGAUCCGUACAGUUGUAAGACCUUCUCAAAAUGAACAGGAAUUUCAAUUGUUAACGCGCUUCUGAACGGAUAAACAGAUCGGUUGCA